AUGUUCAGUUUGUGUGUGCAUUAACCACGUGCUUCGUAUUCUCGCGCUUCGCAGAUAAGUACAGGAGGCUUGAGUGACGGGGUUAAAUUCAUGUAAGAUAUCACGAAUUAGUGAAAACGAAAGUGACACUUAGUUUUUGAGCAAUCAAAACAAACAGGAUAGCUGAACGGCAUUUAAAAGUAACUGUGUUUAUGGAUACAUUUAAUCCAGUUUAUUUAUCUGUACAGCAGUUAUUGUUGCAACUGAAAAACUGCAAUCCAGAAGAAGGUUUAUCAGUGGAGUUAUUAUCCGCUCUAAAUUGUAUGUUUGAAACUUGCUUAGAACUUGCUUUGCAAAUAGUAGACAAAAAGAAUGUUGUAUGUAUACAAUCAACUGCUGGACGAACGUUUUAUCAAGUGAGAGGUUCCAGUGGUGUUUACAAUGUCCUUACAUCAUCACUUUAUUGCACUUGUCCUUCAUAUGUUUAUACUGUUUUGAAAAAGAAAACAUCCUUAGUAUGUAAGCACAUUCUAGCAGUCUUUAUUGCCAUGGCAAAAAAUCAGGCAGAAAUCCAGUUACUAUCUGAUGACGAGUUCACACAACUCUUACUUUCAGAUGAAGAAUAAUUGAUUUGGUCUAACGAAAUGCUGUUUUCUGUGUAAAUUAGCUGGCGUAGUGUUUUGUGUAACAACAUGUUAUCUGUUAGCUAAAGGCAGAUUGGGAAUGUUUGACCUAAUUUGUUAAUUUUUUCUAUGUAGAAGAGAAAAAGAGAUACUAUUUUAUAAUUAAACAGGCUUGAUAGUUUUUUUAAAAAAAAUUGCAAACCUAACAAAGUGGUAGGAAGUUCUCGUGCAUAAAAUUGCAGGGUUAAAAGUUUAAAACUGUUUAUAUUGGAGCCAAUGUUAAAUUAUGCGUCAAUGAACUCCACGAAGUGUUACCCUCUUUUGGUUAUGCAUGUGGUUCAUAUAUAAAAAAGGUCUUUUUAAAUGACAAGGUAGAAGUAACAACAUUGUUGUUACAGAAACAAAAAGAAUUGUUAAAAGUCCCUUGUUGGAUACAAAAGAUUAUUUUUUAUAUAUUCUUUAUUGUAUAUUCUUUGUUAUAUAUAUUCUAUAUUUUUGGUAUUUUUCGUUUUCCAUCAAAAAACCAACAGCAACAACAUUCUCUUUAAUCUUAUUAAUUUACCUUAAUUACCAUAGAAUUCUGUUUUGAUCUUAUUUGUUGCAAGAAGAGUAUAUUUAUCAAUUAUUAUUUUUUCUCUAUGCCCAUCUUUUGAAAGAAAAACUUUAUCUUUAAGAUUAGGUUUUUUUGGGGUUGGAUUUAGUGUUUUGAGUGUGAAGCUAAACUUUAAGAAACAUGAUUGAUUAUUGCAAAAACUUUAUGAUUUAAUAUUUUAAUGUCGUGUUAUUUUUUUUGUUCGUUUUUAAGUAUAUUGUUCUUGUUAAAAAUAGUGGAUAUGUUUUUGAUACCAUAUAGCAAGGUCUUCUAGGUAGACAGAUUGGAUAACAGUAUUGAUGUUUAUUCAAAUGCAACUUUGUAUCAUAAAGUGCUACAAAUAUUGUUUAUUUUUUGUAAAAACACUGCAAAAUUGUUAUAGGUCAUAAAUUUUACAAAUUUUAAACAUUGUAGGAAAAAUUGCAAAAUUACAUGAAUAAUGAUUGAUUAGGUUAAAUUAGAUUUCAACGAGAAAUGCAGAAAAAAAGUAAAACGAUGGUGUAUGUGGUUCACCCUAAUGGCAUGGAUUUUGUGGAUGAUUUAUCCUCAUUUUUAGGUGAUAUAUUAAGAGAAGUAUACAGGUUGAAACAGUGUUAUUAACUUUCUUCUUUAGUGAUAAUUAAUCAUUAGUGAG